AUGUUUGAUUUCGGGUCCAAUAAGUUAACAGGACUUUCGAGAAACGGGCCCAGCGUCCUCUGUGAUCUAUUACUGAACAGAUCCACGGCAACAUGGAAUCUAUUUGUUUUAUACAAUGAUCAGAAAAGAAAAAAGAUACAUAUACCUGCCUCGUACCGCUUGACUGUUCGAAGAUUUCUGCUAGUUUGGGCAUUUUUUAAGUCCCAAACGCUAUAUUUCGUCUCUGCUUUUGUUUAACUGUUCGCGCGUACUUGAAUACGCAAAAAUACGGACUGCUUUGCAGUCUAGGUAAAAAAAAAUAUUGUCACGUAGACAUUGACAAGUACUGCUUUGAGCGCGCGCUACAAUAAUAAAAAUAUAAGUUAUUUCUGCAUUGACCGCUUUGAUAAUGGUAUAAAACAAUGUAGUUCAUGCUUCAGCUGUGCGUAUGUCGAGAUAUUGAGUACUUGGGAAGUUUGGAGAGCACUCAAGAGGUUAGAGUUGCUCGAGGCGCAACUCUUACGGCUCUUUCGUGCUCUUCAAACUUCCCGCGCACGCACGCUGACGCAUGAAAGCUCAUGAACUAAUACCCCACGUUCGAUAUGUAAUAUAUCAAGCGUGAGACACAGUGUUUCAUCACCAGGUGAAACACUGAAAGAGAGUUGAAAAUACGACGCGCAGCGGAGUAUUUUUGACGAACUUCGAGGUGUUUCAUGUGGUGAUGAAACACAUUGUCGAAUGCUUGAUACUACUUCUCAAACAAAUUGAUUUUAGAAGAAGAAAUUAGGGAUACAAAACUGAGCAGUUUUUCAUCCGAUUUCCAAACACUCAUUAAACAUUAAUUUCCUUUGUAUUUUCUUUAUGAAUUAUUAAUCAGUUUGAGAAAGCUGAUUCAAUAAAGGUUGCUUCGGGCAUUGAGAAUUGGACAAUUGCACGAUGACGAUAUUUGGCUACAACUACCAGAAUUCAUUUCGGUUUUGCUUUGUUAUUUAAAUUUGUCAAUCCCGCCGAGGAUUAAAGAACAAUAGCCUUAAUUUGCACAAGAAAACAACAAACUCAAGGAUUCUGGUAGUUGUAGUAAAUGAUGUCAUCGUGCAAUUGUCCUAUUGGGUAUUGGGAAGCUAUUGUUUGGUGGUCACUCAUUCAAGUAACUCAUUGCAUUGUUUCAUAUGCCCAAAUGCCUAAUUACCAAUGACCAGUUACCAAAGCAACCUUUUUUGAUUUAGCUGUAUAUUAAAAUUAUUCUAACAUGACUCCGUCAAAAUUGCAAAUUUUUGACCACUCCAUUGUCUUGCAAUUCCCAGAAGAGACUUGAACACAAAGAAAACCAAACCAAGUAUAGGAAAAUCACCAGAAAGCCUCGGCGUCAUUUUAGAGUUUUAAUAUUGGAACGUGUGGUAUUGACCACUCCAGAAAAUACCAUAACAUACAAUAAUGCUAUUUGUUGUCACCCCAAAAUUUUGCAUAAGCAUUGUUUUCAGUUUUCCUUGGGGCCAUUUUAACUCCCAAGAGAAACUGAAGACAAUGCUUAUGCAAAAUUUUGGGGUGACAAACAAAGAGCGUUAUGGUAUGUUUUGAUAUUCUCUGGAGUGGUCAAUUGUUAAGUAAUAAACAUUGCUAAAACAUUGCAAGUGUUCACGGUUUUGUCGGUUUGACAGUAAUACCGACCAGAGCGUUAAAAAUAAGAUGCACAACGAUGUAUUUUUGACGAACUCCGAGGUGUUUGAUAUUGUGGUGAACAACUGACUGGAAUGUUUAAUAUUACUUCUCGAACAACUGAACUGAUUUAAGAAAAAGAAAAUCAAGGAUGCAGAAAUGAGAAGUUUUUCUACUGAUUUCCAACCGCUCUUUUUAACGCAUUAAUUUGAGGUGUGUUUUUUUUAUUUGUUUAUGAAUUAUUUAUUAUAAUUAGUUUAAGGUAUCAGCCACCCUUAAAAUUGCCAUUUUUUCAUUUUUGAGGUUUCAACAUUUUCAAAUAGAUAUUCUUGAGAGCUUUCUUUUAAAAAAAUAAUCAGAAGAAAAUAUUAUUUCUGUCGAAAGAUAUCGGGGGUAAAAGAUUUUUUCUUGUUAAUUAUCUUAAUUGAUCGUUGACAAGAUCUGUCAUACCGUGUCAUAUAUCAAUUAACUUGCCUGUGAACUAGUAAUUUUCUUCUAGAUAUAGACAACACCGUCUAGUAAAAGGGAAAACAAUUUGAAAGUAGGAUAUAAGAAAGUGAAAACAGUUGAGGUGUUUGUAAUAUCCGUUGACGACUUAAGAGGAACGCGUAUAGCUACAAUGGACGAUUCUUGACUAUUGUCCUAGUAAGAAAACAUUAAAUCAUUAAAUCACGAGGACGCUAAUAUGAUAUUGCAGCUGCAUUUGUUCAUCUGAUAGGUCACACGAUUUUCAAUUACUCCCCUUAGGAAGUUAAGCGUAUCAACUUCUGCAAAUCUCAGUUGCAAUAAUGGUUCUAACGUUGAUUUACUGGGUGUUACCCCUGAUUUUUUUUCUUCUCCUUGGAUUUUUGUCGUUCGCUUUGUAUGUCCAUCAUCAGCAUUUGCGUUACGCGCACAUCCCAGGGCCUCCAAGAGAAAGCUUUUUCACUGGAAAUGUCCCUUUUAUUCGACGAGAAAUGAAGAGAGAUGGAGAAAACGGGGGCAUGACCAUGAUUUUGAUGAACUGGUAUCGGCAAUACGGAUCGGUUUACGUUGUGUGGAUGCUUUUUAAUCCCGUUGUUAUCCUAUCUCACCCUGACAUGGCCAAAAAAGCCCUGAUCACACUGAAUUUGCCCAAAUCACCACGUCUUUACUCCAAACUCAGCAGCGUGUUCGGCCAACGAGCUGCUGGGCAGGGAAUUAUGACGGAAAUCGAUCACGAUGUCUGGCGUCGUAAGCGAGCAAUGUUAGAACCCGGAUUUCACAGAAAGUAUUUAAUGAAUUCGAUGGACGCCUUUAAUUCGAUUUGUGACGACUUUCUGGAAAAUCUGAGGAAAUAUGCUGAUGGUAAAACGCCUGUCAGGAUGAUGGAUGAAUUUGAAAGAGUCACCCUCGACAUUAUUGGAAAGGUACUGUUUGCUGGUUUUCACUUUAGUGACUAGUCAGAAAUGCAACAGUGAGGCUUUUUGUUACCCGAUUGAGACUUAGAAUGAUUAGCUGUGCUCUUUGAAAUGUUUUCUAGGACAACGGCACGUCGUUAUUAUUUUCGUAUUAUUUUCAUUCUUUAAUAACCUCGGCCAGGUUUCGAAAAAAAAUAGCGUUGUUUUCUUUUCCUUUGUCGUUCUCUUUAGGCUCGUAAUUCUUUUUUGAUUUUACUUUUUCGUUUGCCGGUUAGAUUUUUUCCCCAACAUCAGAUUUUCCAACAGAAGCGACUUUAUUCUUCGUAUCAAGCUUUCCUUUACUGCUGGGUUAAUCUCAUCCUUUUUAGUGGUGAGAAAUGCUUGUUGCAUAUGGAACACUUUUGUUGUUUUACAAGCUUCUUUUCAAAAAAACUUUAUAUAAAUGGCCCCCAAACUCGGCAGUUCGAAUAACGACGAUGGAACAAAAACAGACCAAGAAAGAAGCGAGUUAAAUUAUUAGUUAGGGAAACACAUACCAAAGUAGACUAACUAAGGUUAGAGAUGUUUAAUUCGACAAUGCUAAAGUCCUCUUUCAUUUCUUUAGCAUUUUGUUCUAAUAAAAGGAGUUGUUUGGCUUUAACAAUGUAACCCUCUUAAUACGGACACCCCCAACCUUGUUCCCAGGGUCUAGGAGAGGAGCCUGGGAAGAAGGUCGGGACACCCCAUUAACCCUUCAAGUCCCAAUAUCCACAUACAAAUUCUCCAAACUGAUCUUUACAUAUUUCUGUAAAGAAUGAGUUGAGAGAAUUCGAUAAAAGAUCAAAAAAUUUUCUCUUAAGUGAUUAUUUUAUUAUUUCUCAUAACCUUAAUUCUCUUGACAAUCUAUGAAUAUUGUUAGGAGAAAAUUGACGUUGGUCACUAUUGGGACUUAAAGGGUUGAUACAGAUACUUUCUAUGGACCCUGCAGUGUCUUUAUUAACUUUGCAGUUUGACCAUAUUUCAUUUCAGGUUGGUUUUGGCAUAAAUCUGAACAAUGUAGGAAAUCCAGACUCGGCAUUUCCAAGUGCCGUGUCAAAAACACUGGAAGGAAUGCAAGCGAAUUUACAGAAUCCAUUUUGGAUGUUCCAGAUAUCCUCAUUUCCCUUUCAAAAUUCAGUCGUUGAAGCUAUAAGAUAUCUUCGUUACUUCGCCAAAAACGUCAUUGAAGAGAGGGGUUUGGCUUUACACAAUGGAGACGAGACACCGAAUGAUAUUUUGCAGCACAUCGUCAAAGAAGCGUAGGAGAAUUCGGAGAUUGAAAUGGAUGACAUGGUGGACAAUUUCUUUACAAUCUUCAUUGCAGGUAUGAAAACAAAACUUAAUGUUCUAUCCUGUUGUUUGUUUGUUUGUUUUUCUAAAAAUUCACAUCCCGCAAGCGUAACCAUUAAACAUGUCUGCAACAACCAGCCAUUUUUAACAGCUUUGGUUGGAAGUUUGGGUUUUGUGGGGCAAGGGUGGCGGAGCGGUGAGAGCACUCACCUCCCACUGCAAAUCUCAGUUGCAAUAAUGGUUCUAACGUUGAUUUACUGGGUGUUACCCCUGAUUUUUUUUCUUCUCCUUGGAUUUUUGUCGUUCGCUUUGUAUGUCCAUCAUCAGCAUUUGCGUUACGCGCACAUUCCAGGGCCUCCAAGAGAUGGCUUUUUCACUGGCAAUGUCCCUUUUAUUCGACGAGAAAUGAACAGAGAGGGAGAAAACGGGGGCAUGACCAUCAUAUUGAUGAACUGGUAUCGGCAAUAUGGAUCGGUUUACGUUUUGUGGAUGCUUUUUAAUCCCGUUGUUAUCCUAUCUCACCCUGACAUGGCCAAGAAAGCCCUCAUCACAUUGAAUUUGCCCAAAUCACCACGUCUUUACUCCAAACUCAGCAGCGUGUUCGGCCAGCGAGCUGCUGGGCAGGGAAUUAUGACGGAAAUCGAUCACGAUGUCUGGCGUCACAAGCGAGCAAUGUUAGAACCCGGAUUUCACAGAAAGUAUUUGAUGAAUUCGAUGGACGCCUUUAAUUCGAUUUGUGACGACUUUCUGGAAAAUCUGAGGAAAUAUGCUGAUGGUAAAACGCCGGUCAGGAUGAUGGAUGAAUUUGAAAGAGUCACCCUCGACAUUAUUGGCAAGGUACUGUAUGCUGGUUUUCACUUUAGUCUC